UGCCGAGAAGACUCGAACCAAAGACUGAAAAAAUUCCAGUCAACUUCCCGCGCCAUAAGAUAGUAGAGGCCAUAACCAUCGGCGGCGACGGAACACAGACCGCCGGCAUUUCCCAACCCUUCUCCACUAUCUUCAGUCUUCAGCCUUCACGCUCCACGCCCUAGUCAUGGGCCUUCUUCGCACCAUCCGCCGCUACCUGUACGGGAUACUGAAUUACCCUCGCCGUAAUGAGGUUGGUGGCAAUUUCGGCAUGUCUUUUGAAACUCCUGACCUCUUUAUUAGCCUCCGUACUCUUCAAGUUGCCACCAAUUUCUUCUCCAAGAAGAAUGUGAUCGGUCAGGGAGGCUUCGGUCGCGUCUACAAGGGUCUGAUGCCGAAUGGCCAAGAAAUUGCUGUGAAGAAGCUCUCAUCAAAUUCAACACCUGGAGUAAUUGAAUUCACUAAUGAGGUGAAGCUGCUGUCCGAAAUCCGGCACUUGAAUCUAGUUACAUUGUUGGGUUGCUGUGUAGAAGGAUCUGACAAGAUGCUGGUGUACGAGUAUUUGCCUAAUAAAAGCCUUGAUUGCUUCCUCUUUGAUAAAGAGAAGUCUUCCUCUCUGGAUUGGACUACAAGAUUCAAUAUAGCGAAGGGGGUGGCCAGGGGAAUUCCUUACCUCCAUGAAGAAGCCCCCAUGAAAAUCCUUCACAGAGACAUCAAAGCUAGUAAUAUAUUGUUGGACGAAAGCCUGAACCCAAAGAUAUCGGAUUUCGGCCUUGCCAGGCUGUGUCCAGAGGAAGACUCACUUAUGAGCACAAGGGUAUCUGGUACUCAUGGUUACAUGGCCCCAGAGUAUGCUAUGCAUGGAUAUCUUUCUGUCAAGACCGACGUUUUCAGUUAUGGUAUUCUCCUUCUAGAAAUCAUUAGCGGGAGAAGGAGUCUUGAUCGCAGACUUAGUACGGACCAUGCUGAUCUAGCAAAUUUUGCAUGGACACUCUAUCAAGCAGGAAAGAUGCUGGAAUUAGUUGACCCUGCCCUUGGAGACCAUUAUAACACUGAUUCAGUGGGGAUGUGCAUUCAAAUAGGGCUAUUGUGCUGUCAACAAACUGUUGCUGAUAGGCCUGACAUGAAUUCGAUUCAUCUCAUGCUUUCGAGUGACUCGUUUACUUUGCUGGAACCUGGUAAACCUGGAGGAAGGUGGACAUCCAUGAAAUCAGGUGUUAGGAACAGUAUUAAUACACUUGAGGAUCAUUUCCGAAACUCAAGCUCUUUUUCCUCUUUUGAUGAAGGUAGCUAAUGGGUUCGAUAGAAGCUACAUGUUUUAUAAGCAUCAUUCCACAUCUUACACUAUUUUUUCAUCAUUACGAGUUUAAUUUGUUGCAUGAGUGUUCUUAGUCAUUAGCUUGUUAAUAAUAAAAUGUGAUCAUGGACUCAGUACUCGUCAUGAUUAGUUGAUCAUUAACUCAAUAUUCGUCAUGAUUAAUUGAUCACUUCUCUCUCUCAUGUUUAAUAAAAAGUGCAUGUGGCCUUCUCAAGUUUUUAAUGAUAUCUCAGAUAUCCAAUACAAUCUCCUAGAUUCAAGAUUAUCAAAAUCUAGGCUGUGAACGUAUCAGUUUUGAUAAAAUUUAACCCACUCUAACCCUGUUACCCAAACCCUGCCAUGUCGUCACACCCCAUGUAAGCAUGCCUGUCUACAAGGUGCGUAAACCAAGUUAUUUAUUCUUUGGCCUCGAUUUGGGAACUCCGACUUGUUCUUUGCCCUCCAUACACCUCAAGUGGCCACUCCAAGUUGAAUAAGCUCGGUCAUUAAGGCUUCGGUCCUGUCUACAAGGUGCGUAAAAGCUACUCUGGUUUGAUAUUUCUUCCUCCAAUGCAUUGAGCUUGAUUCUCUUGUUAGCCAAUAGCUGAUCAUGGUGUCGUUUUACCAGUUGAUUUGAACGCAUCUCAUUUUUGUUCAGUUUACGGAAUUCAAACUUUGGCUUUUGUUGGUUUGGGCCAUCGUCUCAUUUCAAUCGAUUUUUCUUCCCUGCAGAUGGUACAAUUCUCCAAUUGGCAACUGGGCAAUUGGUUACCGUCUUGUUUUGCCUGAUAUAGUUUUCUCUAGUAAAUUUUCAGGGGUUUUGGUUCUAGAGACUAUGGGCUUUAGCUGAAAAGAGAUACCAUAGCAGAACCUUGGAGUAGAAGAUAUAAAUAUGAUUUUUGAGGUGAAGAGAUCCAUUUUUCAACAAUCAGUCAAAUUGAAGCAUUACUGAUGAAUUGGCUCAUGAUGAAACCCUAGUUACUAAAAUCUGCUUUGAAUGUAUAGGAUGCUGAGUUUUGUGAAUUCUCAAGACAGACUUUUGAGGUGCUCAUUUGUCUCCUUCUACUGUACAUUAACCUGCAAAAUCUUCUGUCAAAUUAUCUGAAAGAGGUAUUUUAUUCAUCCAUGUAGCACUGCUUUCAGGGGAGUGGUGCCUGAUGGCCAAGAAAUUGCGGUCAAGAAGCUCUGAAUCGUCAUCUGCCACUCGUCAGGAUCCUGAUUAUGAUCAGUGUGAAUCGCCAUUAAGUAGAGGACUGACUGACUCACCAAAUCUUAAGGCAACAUAGACUCCUAUCUUCAGUGACACAUGAUGGUUUCAAUAGCCAUGUCCUAACUGUCGUUCACUCUGCGUUUACUAUGGUCUUUUGCUUCUCUUUUUUAUUUCCACGAAAAGGGACGUAACAACCAUCGGUGGCGACAGAUUGCUGACCACCGGCAUUUCAGGCCUUCUCUCUUAUCCUCAACCUCAAUGUUCCAUGCCCCGUCUUGGACCUUAUUCGCACCUUCAGCCGAUACGUGGACGGGAUAAUGAAUUCCCGUAGUGUCGAGAAGGAUGGUGACCGUUUUAGCCUCGUUUUCGAAACUUCCGACCUCUUCCUUGGCCUUCAGACGCUUCAAGUAGCCACCAAUUUCUUCUCCGAUUAGAAUAAGCUCGCUCAUGGUGG